GCUACUUAAGUAUUACUGUAAUAUCAAAUUGUUUCAAAAUAUUUUUUUAAUGGAGUACUGUUUUUUUUAAAAAAAAAAUCAAUAAUAUAAACAAAUUUUUUAAGAAAGUAUUAUUCUUCUUACCAAACGACAUAAAAUAUACUCCGUAAUUGAAAAAUAGUUUUCUUGAAAAUCAUUUUAUUUUGGAAAAUAUUCUUUUAAAAAAAUUUCUCCCUCAAACAAAUAUACCCUUAAUCUCAAACUUUCUUAUCCACACCAAUAAAUGCAUGUCUAAUGAGAUAAGAGUAGUUUAUAAGAUAGGGUAUACAACUUUGUGUAUCCUAGCAUUUUUGGGGUAAUUACUCCUGUUAGUUAAUCAGUAUUUGUGGUGUGACUAUAAAUAGGAUCGUUCCAUUGAAUUAUUGUUCAACUCAAACCCUUCAAAUAAAAUUAGCAAAUCUUUUAAAACAUAUUUCCGACCAUAAAUUGAUUUCCAAUCCCAUGGCUGAGGAAAAGCACCACCACCACCACCACCACUUCGGCCACCACAAAGACAACGAAGAAGGCGAGAUAAGACAGCAGCCUUCCUAUGACAAAAGCUACGACGACACUAAUUAUGCUGCUUCUGAUCAGAAGCCGUACCUCCGAUCGGCAGGAGACUAUGGAGGAGGAGGCGGCGACUACGACUACAACAACUCGUCGUCUUACGUCGAGAAGAAACCCACUGCUGCUGAUUAUGGGUCGUCGUAUGGCGGCGGCGCAGCCACUUACGGCCAGAACACCAAUAACUAUGGAGUUGAAGACUCCUACGGUGGCGGCGGCCGGCAAGAAGUUAUAGGUGACGACGAGGAUGAAGAGAAAGGUCGUCGGAGCCACGAGGAUUACCAAAAGGAGGAGAAACACCACAAGCAUCUCAAGCAGCUCGGCGAGCUUGGCACCGUCGCUGCCGGUGCCUACGCCUUGUACGAGAAACACGAGGCAAAGAAAGACCCAGAGCACGGGCAGAGGCACAGGAUAGAAGAAGAGGUUGCAGCAGCGGCCGCGGUGGGGUCGGGUGCUUUCACAUUCCAUGAGCAUCACGAGAAGAAGGCAACCAAGGAAGAGGAAGAAGAGGCGGGCCAAGAAGGGAAGAAAAAGCACCACUUCUUUUAAUUGCAUAAAUAAAUACUCCCCAAUAAUUAUGAUUUUUUUUAGCAGUAUAUUAAAAUUUGAAUGAAUGUUGACAUUAUCAAUGUCUAUAUUCAUUGGAUUUUUAAUAUAUUAAACAAAAGUCAUAAUUAUGUGUUAAAAUACUAUAAUCUGUACGAAUCUUUCAUUAUAUGAUUCGUGUUUAAUUACUGGUCGUAUGUACGUACAACGUGUGUUGGCCGGAUAGGUGUGCAUAAAGUUCGGCUUCCACCAGUGGCUUAUGUAUUGUAGUGUUUACUUGUCUGAGUUUGUGUUAUAUACACUGCAAAUAAAUAUGUACGAGUUCGGGUUGUACGGACGUGUGUUUUGUCAGAGAAAUGCUUAGCUCACAAACACAAUAGUCACAAACUUUACAAAUUUACUAUUUGUAAACUUUAAUAAAAAUUUAAACUAUAAAUAAUAAGUUUGUAAAGAUUGUGAUCAUUCUAUUUGUAAAUCUAGCAUUGUUCUACGGAUAAUGGUUAAAUAAGUAGUCCUACACUAU